GGGGGGGGGGGAAUGAUGAAGAGGCGAAUGCGCACGCUCGAGUAAUGGAAGCGGGGCGGUGUGGGAGCACGGAGGCAGCUGCGGCCUCCAGAUCGCGGGCCACGGUAGGCUUCUCUCACCGCAAGAGGCCUGAAAACAACUGAUAGCGAAACCCUCAACUUACUGACCCCGUGAGACAGGUCAAGAGCUAAUUAAAUCGGACUAGGGCACUAGAGAGGGAAAAAAGACGGAAGCCUGUUGGAGACAUUUCUUGGGCGAGUUUACUGUUACAACGCAGCUUUAGCGAGUGGUUGCGGUCCAGUAGGGGGCGUAUCUCCGCAAAGAAACUCAUCCGGCUAGGAACCAGUGCGCAGGCGCAGCGCAGAAGCAAACGGUUGUGAGUAGUGAAGUCUAUCGUCGAUUCCACCUGGCUAGCUCGACCUCCCUGUGGCGUCUGGGCGGGCGGUGUGGACUCUGAAGCUGGUGUCCGUUUAGUCAUGGAUGAAGACUACUUCGGGAGCGCUGCUGAGUGGGGAGAAGAUGCCGACGGCGCCCAGCAGGAUGAUGAUUAUGGAGAGGGAGAAGACGAUGCAGAAGUCCAACAAGAAUGUUUACACAAAUUUUCCACUCGGGAUUAUAUUAUGGAGCCUUCUAUAUUCAACACACUCAAAAGGUAUUUUCAGGCAGGUGGAUCUCCAGAGAAUGUGAUCCAACUUUUAUCAGAAAACUAUACUGCUGUGGCCCAGACUGUGAACCUCUUGGCAGAGUGGCUCAUUCAGACAGGUGUUGAGCCAGUCCAGGUUCAGGAAACUGUGGAAAAUCAUUUGAAGAGUUUAUUGAUUAAACACUUUGACCCUCGAAAAGCAGAUUCUAUUUUUACUGAAGAAGGAGAGACCCCAGCAUGGCUAGAACAAAUGAUUGCACAUACUACCUGGAGAGAUCUGUUUUACAAAUUAGCAGAAGCUCAUCCAGACUGUCUAAUGCUUAAUUUUACUGUUAAGCUUAUCUCUGAUGCAGGAUACCAAGGAGAGAUAACUAGCGUAUCCACAGCAUGCCAGCAAUUAGAAGUAUUUUCUCGUGUGCUCCGUACUUCACUGGCUACAAUUUUAGAUGGAGGAGAAGAAAACCUUGAAAAAAAUCUCCCUGAAUUUGCUAAAAUGUUAUGCCAUGGAGAGCAUACCUAUCUCUUUGCCCAGUCGAUGAUGUCUAUAUUGGCCCAAGAAGAACAAGGAGGGUCUGCUGUGCGUAGAAUUGCUCAAGAAGUUCAACGAUUUGCUCAUGAAAAAGGCCAUGAUGCCAGUCAGAUCACACUUGCAUUGGGCACAGCUGCUUCAUACCCCAGGGCUUGUCAGGCCCUUGGUGCCAUGUUGUCAAAAGGAGCUCUGAAUCCAGCUGACAUCACAGUCCUGUUUAAAAUGUUUACUAGCAUGGACCCACCUCCUGUUGAACUGAUAAGAGUGCCAGCUUUCUUGGACCUGUUUAUGCAGUCAUUAUUUAAACCAGGUGCCAAAAUCAAUCAAGACCAUAAACACAAGUAUAUUCACAUAUUGGCCUAUGCAGCUAGUGUGGUAGAGACCUGGAAAAAGAACAAGAGAGUAAGCAUCAAUAAAGAUGAGUUGAAGUCAACAUCCAAAGCUGUUGAAACUGUUCACAAUUUAUGUUGCAAUGAGAACAAAGGUGCCUCUGAGUUAGUGGCUGAGUUGAGUACACUUUAUCAGUGCAUCAGGUUUCCAGUGGUGGCAAUGGGUGUACUAAAGUGGGUAGAUUGGACAGUGUCAGAACCACGCUACUUUCAGCUCCAGACUGAUCAUACACCAGUUCAUUUGGCCUUACUAGACGAGAUCAGCACCUGCCACCAGCUCCUCCAUCCCCAAGUCUUGCAAUUGUUGGUUAAACUAUUCGAAACAGAGCAUUCCCAAUUGGAUGUAAUGGAACAACUUGAACUGAAGAAAACACUGCUGGACAGGAUGGUUCAUCUGCUGAGUAGAGGUUAUGUACUGCCUGUUGUCAGUUACAUCCGAAAGUGUUUGGAAAAAUUGGACACUGAUAUCUCCCUCAUUCGCUAUUUUGUUACUGAGGUCUUAGAUGUGAUUGCUCCUCCUUAUACUUCCGACUUUGUACAGCUCUUUCUUCCCAUUCUAGAGAAUGACAGCAUUGCUGGUACUAUUAAAACAGAAGGAGAACAUGAUCCUGUGACAGAAUUCAUAGCCCACUGCAAGUCUAAUUUCAUUAUGGUAAACUGAAUCAGACGAAUUUAGUCUGCUGCCAAAAUCUCAAGAAGACAUUUCCAGACAGAUCUCUUCAAGAAGUUGUGAGAAUGGUCUCAGGAGGACCAUGACCAUGGACACUAGUGGUGUGCAAACACUUUUUACUGACCCUAUGGGUCAUUUUAACUGUGUGGGAAUAUUCAUCUAAAAAGUUUUCAAUUAAAAUUUGGAUGGACAUUGUGAUAUUCAUUGGGACAGAUACCCAAUCCACACAAGGUGUGGCAGCACCUCACCUCACUCAUCAAUAAAUACUUAAUGACUGAUAA